AUCCAUUACACGGGGAAAGAGAGAGAACCGAAAGAAGCUUCAAUUAUUUCUACUGAAGCUUUUGUCACUGCAUUGCUCCGCCACUCAGAUAACAACGUCUUAUUAAAUCAUAACUUUCUACCUCUAUUAUUGGAUAUAUUGUGGUUAAUUAUUUUCAUUUUUUUUUCUUAUCUUUAACUUCUUCUCAUUGUUUGAAUUAUCUUUCUUCCGAGUUACACUGGAGAAGGAUUUUCUGGGUUUGAAAUGGAGAACCUGAAAUGAGCAUAUGAAAGAGAAGAGCAGAGACGUCAGCGACAAUUCAGUUUCAGGAAGCUCUUACUUCUCAAACAAGUUAUCUCCAAAGUCUGAAUUCUCACCUUUCAUAAUGAACUCCAAUGAAGAUUUCCAAAGAAAACAUCUUCAGGAUACCCUUUCUUCUCCAGUAUUUAAACCAAUUCCGAGUAGCUAUGCUUUUGAUUAUAGCAGCAAAAUCCCUGCUCAUUUGGCUGAGAAUAACAUAAAUUCAAUGCACUAUAUGAAUAAUUUAUCUAACAAAUGCAAAGCCACUGUCGGUGGAUACAUGGUUUCUGCUCCAUUAAUGGAUUAUCAUUCUCAGGGAGGGCCAAUUCUUGAUCAGCAGCCUUCAUUAAUAUCUCCUCCGCUUGGUUUCAUGAAUGUAGAAGCUGCUGGUUCAAGGAGCAAACCCGAGUCAUCAAGUUUGUCUUCUCGAUUGACCAUCUUUUAUGAUAACGCCGUAUAUGCUUAUAAUGAUGUAUCUCCUGAACAGGUGGAGUCUGUCAUGCGUAUGGCUAACACCAAAGAAGCAUUUGAGAUUAUGCCAGCAGCAGAUUACAUUCCCAAUUAUCAAGCACAUUAUUCUUCCCAAGUUGGCAGUUCACUGCAGUCAACUUCUGCAAAAUAUAUAGCACGAACUGUGCCUCAAGCUCGCAAAGCAUCCUUGAAUCGAUUUUUGAAGAGGCGUAAAAGACCGGUAUCAAUACUGAAUCGCUAGCUGUGUAUGUCCCUCAACAAAAUCUAAAUUCAACCCUCAUGAAUGGCGUUAAAGUUCAUAUAAUGGUGCAUUUGCAAAUAUAUCAGUUGGAGUUUUAUUUGAUUCAUCAUGCCAACUACAAUUGUAAUUGUUGAAGUAUUCUCUUAAACAAGGCCUUUUACAGGACGGUGAGCCACUUCCUACUGGGCGAAAACGAAUGUCGAUUGCCAGAGCUACUAUGUAUUUAUUUAUUUACUUUUCGGGUCCUCUUAUUCCUGUCUUCUGCUUUAAUAUUUAGUCAACAUAUCGCCUGGAAUAAAAGAUAAUUAUGCAUUUGGCAAUUCCAGAUUUGUUGGACCUA